CAAGAGUUAUAUAGGUAUGUACUUCGUACGCCCCACGCGCUAAAUGUGAGCAACAGGCUAGCUAGCCUUGCUCGCCGACAUACCCGAAUAGCCCCCCCCCCUUUAACAAGCUUGAUCACGCAGAGUAGAAACACGCCUUGUAUUUUAUCCAGAGUAAACUUAGUUGUCUCGAUUCCAUUCCCGCGUUCGUUUAAGUUCCCAGUAGGUAGCUAUCGACCUUUCUCGGUAGCACCACUCCCAGCUCGACCGGAAAAGGCACAAGUUGCGUGUCCAUGGUCCUUGUCUUUGUAUAUUGGCGGUCGUUGUGACCCAAUCAGUGGCCCGCCAUGCUUCACACAGACCGAGGCCCCUCGGAAGGGCGCGUCAUGAUGGAUCAACCUGGGGUAUGGCGGACGUUUUCAUCGGCCAUGCUAAAUAAUAGAGCGGAGUACAGAACUGAGACUACGCCCACGAGGUUCUCGAACUCUCUGGCGGAGGACAAUACCGAUGCCGCAUCUCUGGAUACUCAUUCCAGCAUUACUUCUAAGCCGCACCCCCAAGAGUUCCCCGAGCCGAUCAAGGAGUAUGGCGAGCGUCGGAGUUGGGAGUGGUCGUCGGAGGCUGGGGACUAUGUUGUGAUCGGGCAAGAUGGCAAACAAGAGCGGUUCACAGAGCACCAGAUGGCUGGAAUCCCGCCCCCAGCAGCAGCCCCAGCAAGCUCAGAUCCUGACCAUAACAUCCCACAUCCCGACAGCGGAGGAGAAACACAAGCCCGCGGAAACUCACAGGUGUGUAGAGUCAACUCUAUCCCAAGAGUGAUACAGCCUCCUCAACCACAAAAGCCUCAGUAUGGAGAACCACUGGGUCCUGAAUUCAGUGUCAUAUCCAAGCCCAAGCGUUUCUUUUCCACUGGCCGCAUCUUUGCCACGGUCUGGUUUGAGCCUAGCACCGAAGACAUGACCCAGCAGCAAACCAAGGCCGGAGCGUGGUCGAACGACUGCCCGGCUUUUCACGGACAGAAACCCGUCGCCAGAAUCCGGUGGUUCGUCGUUGUGAGAAGGCGGACUCACCAUUCGCUAUGCUUCACAGUCACGACGUACGCGGGGAAGGACGGCAACAGGACGAACCGCGGUCGGGCUGGGGAUCAUGCGGUGCUUUACAGGGCAAAUCUCCAGCCCGAGCCUCCCUACGAUGACGAGGACAUCACUCGGGAUGCCAUCGCCGUCAUUAUUGAGGACGCCGAGUACUACAUCUCGCCGCUUGCGAGACUUGACUGCGGAAGGACCUACACUGUCGAGGACAACCUGAAGGUUGCGAAAGUCGGGCGAGUACACCCGCGUGAUUUGUCUUUGUUGGAGCAGUACUAUAGGGAUACCGUGUUGUAAUAGUAACGGGCACAGAGGUGCAGAAAAAGGAGUCGGAGAGCAUGGAUAGGUCAAGGAGCAUAUUAUGGUUCGGCGUCUGGUGCCUUCAACAGUCAGCAUUAGCGUAGAUGAUACACAAGUAGCAGCAAGCAAUACACUGCCAUUUCCUUUGCGA